AUCGGAAGCUCACUAGUCGCCCAGGCGACAGCUACUCCCAUUCUCGACCCACAGGAAAUAGGUCCCUGCAGUCCCACCGCCCAGGAUCUGCAAGCCACGAGCCCACGAGUUUCGGUGCCCCUUUGGACUUUCGCAAUCAGAGAUGGCAUCACAGGCUGCGCCAUCGGGAACUGGGGAGCCUUGGUCUCAUCACCCGGCAUAUGCAAGAUACUGGCGUCAUUAUUAUCAAGCAAUGGCUUGGAUGCGAAGCCACCAGAUGGCUUAUUGGAAGGCCGUGGAGUCCUACGUCAGGUCCCCAUGGUACUGCACUCCCAAAGGUCAUCCCCAGGGCCCUUAUGCUGAGGAGGGCAGGUCUCCCCAGUCCUCCUGGGGCCAUUACUGGGCUUCCCAGAGCUCCUGCUGCAGGCAUGCACAUUCCCCAUGGCCUGAGCCGCACGGUCCUGACAGCGCGAGAGAAGUCCGGGCUUGGGCUGCGGAGGAAGAGGAGGAGGAAGAAGACGAGGAGGACACCGACUCAGAUGAGGGGGUGGAGUGCGACGUCAGCAACAUGGAGAUCACCGAGGAGCUGCGCCAGUACUUUGCGGAGACAGAGAGGCACAGGGAAGAGCGGCGGCGGCAGCAGCAGUUGGACGAACAGCGCCUGGAGGACUAUGUGAACGCUGACCACGACCUGUACUACAAGACAGCCCGCUCCAUGGAACCACCGUCCGAGAGGCCCGGUGAGCAGCGCCAGGCCGAGAUGAAGCGCCUGUACGGAGACAGCGCUGCCAAGAUCCAGGCCAUGGAGGCCGCCGUGCAGCUGAGCUUUAACAAGCACUUUGACCGAAAGCGGCCCAAAUACUGGCCGGUCAUUCCGCUGAAGUUCUGAGCCCUGGCUUCUGGGCUCCCUUCCUCUGGGGCUUGCUCCUCCUCCUGCUUCUGUGCAUUUUCUUGGGGAAACGGGAAUUUAUACUGAGACGUUCACCAAAGUGCCAGGGGGCCCGUCAUGGGGGUAAUAUAAUCAGCCAGGCAUUUUUCAGCAUCAGGGUGUGUACUGUAGUCUACCUGCAAGAUUUUCUUUUGACAUAAAAUGAUCAUUUCAUAUGCAUAACACUUACAGUUCUUUGAAGUUCUCAGAGAUACUGUUUAGUUGUUUAUGUCUUUUUAUGCCUUCUUCUGUAUUUAACCCAACUUAAAUGCCUUAAAUGUGUCAACUGUGGUCUCCUACUGGCACUCCAUUUGCCCCUGCUGACACUGACCCAAACGUGCAGCCAGACGAUGACCACUCUUCUCCCACGCAGAGGUCAGCAUGCAGGUUCUGCAAAGGGCCAGAGAGUUCGUAUUUUUUUGGCUUUUCAGAUCACACGUUCUGUCUCAUGACUACUCAAUUCUGCCCUUGCAGCCUGAAAGCAGCCAUAGACCAUAAGUAAACAAGUGGGUAUGGCUGUGUUCCAAUAAAACUUUAUUGAUAAAAACAGGCCAUGGGCCAGAUUUGGCCUAUGGCCAGUAGUUUGUGGACCGGUGCUCUAGUGAAUGAAAUGGCCUGUCUCACAUUGUUCUUGUUCUCUUUACAGAGUUUUCAUGUCACACAGAACUGAGGGCAAAAAAAAAAACAGUCAUUCCCAAACCUGCUCCCCUCUGCAGUCUCCUCUGUUGCCAAAAAGGUAUUAUUGAACUCUUACUUUGUAUAGCAGAUAUCAUUUUGGAAAGAGAACGCAUUUCUGAGAAUGAAAAUUUAAAGAUUGAUAGAACGGUCCAUUUUAAAAAAAAAGCCAGCUGCCUUUUAAAUAAGUUAUUACGGUGUGUUGCCAGGGUGAGCCUUGUUGACCUGAGAAGAUUAGCACAUCCAUCAAAGGUUGGUGGAAAGAUUUAGUAUUGACAUGUUUUUCCCUGAGAACACUUAGCUCCACAUUUCAGCCCCUGCCCUGUGACAAAUGCAUUACUUUCAUCAGCCCCAGGUGCUUGUUUUUCCAAGCCCUUGUUUUAUUACUGGAGUUGCAAUUUGAGCUUGGGUAUUGCAGACCAAAAUCAGUAUUAAUUUCCCCUGAGGUGACACAUGACUAAAAUUUCAAGUCUUUAGUAGUCCUCUCUAUUUUUUUUUAAUUUUAAACUCAUACGCCUCAAUGGGAAUAUAGAUGUGACUCAGGCACAGAUACAAACUAGUUAUAUUUGCAGCAGGUCCUUAGCUGUUUGACAGUGCAAUGGACCUCUUUACAAAGAACUCUCCUACCUUUCCCCCGAAGAAGGCGCCAUGCCGGUGCCACCCCUGCUGGAAUUGUGGCUGUGAACUUGGAGUUCCUUUCACCUCUCAGUGCUUCCUGUUCCUCACUCUUCAAGUGGGUCUUACUGAUUCCCCCACAUGGAGUCCUUGUGAGGACCACGUUGAGUCAGCGCCUGUAAAACAUAGUGCUGGCUGCACAGUAAAUACUCAACACAUGUUGAUACUUACUUAUUCCCUGUCUUUAAAAAUUACCAAAGAGAGCUGUGGAAGUCCUGGGUAUGGAACUUCUCCCAAAUACGGAGAAAUGUUUCCCUGUCAGCCUUUCGAAGGGAUGCACUGGCUUAAAUCUCAUUCCCACCUGCCCUUCUUCCCAAAUGCCUCGUAGAUAAAGUGUGAUGGGAAGACCUAUGGCUUAUUUAUUCAUUUAUUCAGCAAAUACUUGAGUCCUUCCAGAUAGCUAAACCAUAGUCUCUUCCCUCAGGGCACUUGCAUUCUAGGAGAGGCAGACAGGUGUGUAAAGAUAGCGAUGGCAUGUGUGCAGUGCACGCAUGCGCAGGAACUACAAGAAUGUAGGAUGAGGGUGGGGCUUCUCGGUCUCAGCACUGUUGAUGUUUGGGACCCAUCAUUCUUUGUUGUUCUUAAAAAAUACAUACUAUGGACAUAUAUAUGUACUAAAGUCAAGAGACUUGCAUGCAAAUAAUUCAUACACACCAGUUUCAGAACUACCCACCAAUAGUGGGUAGUUCUGAGCGGGGAAGGGGUUGGAGUGCCAUUCAAAAGUGGCUUUUCUGUCUCUAAUGUUUAUUGUUUUUCUCACUUCAUUUCUAGGGGUAAUUGUUACAUGAAAUGUUUAUUUGUCAAAUGCUUAUAUAAGGCUUACUGUGGGCCACAUACUCUUCUAGUUGCUUUUGAAAUAUUCAUUUCCUUAGCAACCAACCUAGGACCGACCUGUGAAGUAGCUAUUAUAGGUUCACAGCCGUUUUCCAAACCAUGAGAUCAGGCAUGUUCCGGAAUGCAGAUAUUGUUGUACUUUAAGUUCCGUUCAGGUCAGGUUUUGCCAUCAGAUCCUUACAGUUAAGUCAGGUUAGGCUGUCAGACAAAUCAUUUAAAAAAAAAAAACAACAACGAAAAAAUAACUUCUAGUUUCCAGAGCUUUGGGGAUUUCAGAAAAGGGGUGAAGAAAUAUGAUUGUUUUUAUAGAUGAGGAACCUGAAGCACAGAGAAAGUAACCCACUGAACCAGGCUCACCUUCAGUGGUGGAAGUGGGUGUCAAACGCAGAUAUUCUGACUCCUAAACUCCCCACUUUUUGCUGCUUUGCCCUGCUGACCUCAGCCUCUACAACCAUACUGUCAGUACGUGGAAGGCACACUGUUUCCAAGCAUUGCGAAGAGUCUGGAGCCACUUACAGCCCUCAGCAGGAUUCCAGUACAUUCCAUGCUGGAGCGUGGGGUUAGGUUCUAGUCCUAGCUCUGCUUGAGAAUGUCUGACUCUGGAUAAUGCAUUUGUACUUUUUGUCUGAAUUUAAGAACUGAGGCUAUAGCAACAAGAGGAAAAGGGAUACACUUGAGAUAUUGAGGAAGUAGAUGUUCUGUGGCUUAGCAAUUUGCGGCAGGUAAGGAAAAAAUCUAGGAUGGCUCAAGUUUCUGUCUUGGAUGGUGGUUCUAGCUAUUCAGGUAAAGAAACCAAUAGGAAACCAGUUUGGGAAGAAGCGUAACUAAUUCUAUGUGGGACACUGAGUUUGAAAGGCUCACAGACAUCCAGUGACAUCUUGUCAGUCAUUGGAUAUUUGGGUUUGGGACUCAGUGUAGAUGGUCUGCAUGCAUAACCCAUGGACACAGACAACAGUGUGGCCAUGGCCA